AUGAAUGAUAUAUUUGUCGGACGAGUGGAAUGUACUGAAAAUCUUAAAGUAGCUUGGAAUCAUGGUCAGAACAGAAUUUUCGGAAUUUAUGGUCCUAAGAGUGUCGGCAAAACGAGAUAUGUGGAGAACUUUCUUCGAAUUUUGAGGACUUCUGAUAAAAAUGAUCAAGUGAAAGUACUCGCUCUUGAUUUCCAUUGCAUCAAAAGUUUUAAAGUGUACGUUGAAACUGUUGCUGGGUGUUUAAGCAUAGAGGACUGUGAAGCUUGUUCACAUACAAAUUGCAGAUGCAUACGAAAGAUAAUCAAGUCUCUGAAAGACAGUGAGGAUGUUUACAUUUUUCACCAUGACCAUCAAGAAGAAGCCAAGUCCAAACCAGACUCGGAUGGAAACCUUACAGAUUCAACAAACCAAACCCUCUGGGAUCAAAUAUAUGCAGAAGGCGUCAAACCAUUGCUUACAGAAUGCAGCAACUUUUAUCUGAUUAUCUCUUCCACAGACGAAUUUCGUUUUGCAGAGUUGAGGAGGGUUUUCUGGAUGCAGAAGAUUCCUGCUUUGACGGAGAGUGAGUCGAUGGAACUGUUAAAUGACGUAUGGCCUUCCUGCACAGAAGAUGCGAAGUUGUGUCGACAAUUAAUCUUACUAUGUGACGGUAUACCACCAGCUAUUAUCAAUGCAGGUCUGUUGAUGGAAGAUAAUGUUAUAUCUGUUGAUGUGGUUAUAAAGUUAAUGGUAAAACAGAUUAUUGAGGUGCUGAGCGAUGAAUUCCUUCCUCAUCCAGAAAGGAUAAACACACAGUUGCAAAAUCGGUGGAAACAUCUUAGCGAAGAACAGAGCGACAACUUAGUGAAGACUCUUGUUAUUAUUAAAUAUACGAGCCAAUCGACGAUAGCAGCAAACGCCAAACUGUUUAAAUGUAACAACGUUGCGGAAUACAAAUUCAACCACCUCCUUCCCCUGUUGAGAAGAAAUUUGCUAUCGUACAACAAGGAUAGCGAGACUGUUUCCCCUUAUCCCUUGAUUCAGCACAUCUUAGAAGCUGUCAAUUACAUCAAAGCAGAUGAAAUAAGAGAGGGACUUCAAGAACAAAUCAAAGCCAUACUGGAGCCACAGUCGCAAAAUGGAGCGAGCAGUUGCAAAUCCUUAUCUCUUUCACCAAAUUUUGUUGACUUGCCAAACGAUCCCUGUACAUGUCCUCAAAAUUCUUUUCCUGUAGCAAAUCGAGCUAACCCAUGUGCUUUUCAGGGCAACAUCUAUCAAGAACCCUCGCAUGAAAAGGAAACUUUGAGAACCAGAGGUCAACGCGUAAGUUCUUUCAAAGCCCCGGUGGAAAAUGAAAAUUUUGAAAAACCAACAAAUAAAUCCUAUGGUGGAAAUCAAGUUCAAGAGAUAAGAUUGGACGAUUCUGCAGACAGGACGUGUAAUCCAGAAUGCAGACAAAAUUCUCUCAUCACAAAAAAUUUGAACCGAAGAUCUCUGGAGAAAGACAAAAGUUAUGAGUGCAAGGACAUAUUUAACACAGGAUUUUCUUUAAGCCCUGAACACAUGCCUUUAGAAAUCAAGCAAUCUCAACUAAAUAAUAUUGAGAAAAAUAAUCACGAGACUUGUCCAACGUUUCCUCAAGAGAAUGAAGAAAUUUACCAAUCAAUUGAUGAAAAUACAUCCCUUUCUUCAGAACAUUCAGGGGAUUUGAUUUCUCGUGGUCCCAAUGUAUCUCAAUCGGGUAAAUCCCAGACAAUCUCUUCGAUUGAUAAAUCAAAUCUUGGUCCUGAUAUUACAUUAUCAGGUGAAUAUGAAACAAGAACGACAGAAAAACCUGACGAUUCAUCAGCCUUGCCAUUUCCUGAAAAAUCUACUCCAAAUCUCCAAAAGCAUUAUACUGACCAGUAUCCAGAUGUAACUUUAUCCGGCGUAGGAAGCAUAUCCAAGGAAAAAUCUGGAAUUCAACUAUCCUCGUCAUACUCUAGUGAAAAUACUCAAGAUUGUUUAAGAUCUGGUGCUGACAAAGGUCAGGGGGUAACUACAUGUAUAUCAGGUAUAGCUGCCAGCUGCGUUCAUAGUUCACCAAACGUUCGCAAGGACAAUACAGACCAAGGUCCGUAUGUGACAAUAUCUGGUGUUUAUCAGACGAUAAAUUCGGAAAAUGAAAUCCUCACCAAAGACCUUCGUGAACGUACUGUUUCAAAGUCAGAAGAUAAGGUGGCCAAUAUCCAAGGACAGUCGAUUCCAAGGAUUCCUAUUGUUCCAAAAUCACCUGUUCAAGUCUCCGAGGAAGCUGAUGGUGUGAAUUGUACAUUUGUGAAAGGUGGCUUCUCUUGUCCUCAUGGUCAUUUACACACAACGGCAGUCGGUAAUGAAACUGGCAUACCUUCAAGGAAUGUAUCUUCCAACUAUUCGGGGGAUUCAAACAUCAGAGAAGGUUCAACUCAUACAAACAAUAUGGGUUUUAUCAUGCAUUUGGCAUCACCUUCCGAGGAAACAGUUCCUCGGUCUUGUCUGCCAUCUUCUUUAAACAAUCAGAAAUUUAAUUAUCAGAAUUCUUCUAGUAAAAUAGAAACUUCAACGUUUUGUCAAAGUACAAAAGAAGCAACUGGCAUUCCUUGUAAAAUGGGUACUGAAAACCUUUCGGGUUUGCGUCAUCGACCACAAAAUCAUUCAAAAACUUCACUUGAAGAUAACACUAAACAAAAAGGCACUCAAGAAUCGCAAUCGACCAUAGUUUCUGCAGAAUCAAACGUCAAUGCCCUCAAUGCGAACGGUUAUACAUGUACACCGCAAACUCUUAUGGCAAGUGGCAAUACCACUUACAGAGAACAUGAGAAUUUGUCUUCAGAGGAGUCCGUGUCAAAUUUAGGUGCGACAGGAUCUACCGAAAAUGAGAACCCUGCAUGUGAAGACCAUGAUUCUGGUACAUCUAUCAAUUCUUCUUUUUUCUCAAAAGCUUUUGAAUUAUACAAAAGUUUAGAAUGAUAAAUGAAUUACAAUAUAUUAAA